AUUGGUAUUAAGGGCGGGUGCCAACGAAAUGGGAGGUGACGUGCACACUUUCGCCAUCUUCUGCAGUUGCUAAAUGCUACAAACACCUGAGGCUUCAGUGGGAAGAACAUGAUUUCUCCGGAUGAAUUCUCUGACGACUGGAUGGAUAACAUUGGGGAGAAUAGAGGCAAUGUUUGGUCUCCACCACGAAAAGACAGAACCAGUAUGGGGGAAUACAGACGGCUGUCUCUGGGAGACAGCAGCGACACCUCGGAGCCUUCAGCCCCGGACGCUGCACAGCUCCUCCCACUGAUAGAGACCAAGUUGUACAAGCGACGAUGGCUCAUGCUAUUCAUCUUCAGCGCUUUCUCCAUGAGCAACGCCUUCAUGUGGCUGCAGUACGGGAUCAUCAGCAACAUCUUCCUGCGCUUCUACGGCAUCGGCACCCUGGCCGUCGACUGGCUCUCCAUGCUCUUCCUCCUCACCUACAUCCCCCUCUUCCUGCCGGUCACGUGGGUGCUCGAAAACCGGGGCGUCAGGGAGGUCGUGGUGGUGGCAGCAGCCUUUAACUGCAUUGGGGCCUGGAUCAAGACGGGCACGGCCAUCCCCAACAUGUUUGCCAUGACCUUCUUCGGCCAGUUUGUCUGUUCGGUGGCCACUAUUUAUAUGGGCAUCCCGUCUCGACUUGCAUCCUUGUGGUUCGGGGAGCAGGAGGUCUCCACCGCCUGCUCCAUUGCUGUUCUUGGAACCCAGUUGGGUAUCGCCAUUGGAUUCCUGCUCCCACCCAUCCUUGUGCCUAAUGUGGACGAUGUGGAGGAGCUGGGGUACCACAUCAGAAUCAUGUUCUACAUCAGCGCAGGAGUGGCCACCUUCAUCUUUAUCCUCGUGGUCAUUUUAUUUCAGGAGAAGCCUGAGCUCCCCCCAAGUCAGGCCCAGGCUCAGGCCAGGAACAUUUCCCCCGACGAGUACUCGUACACAGCUUCUAUCUUGAACCUGCUGCGCAACAAGCCCUUCAUGAUCCUGAUGGUCAGCUACGGGCUGAUCAUUGGCAGCUUCUAUUCUAUUUCCACACUGUUGAAUCGGAUGAUCAUUGAACACUACCCUGGUGAAGAGGUGAAUGCUGGGAGAAUUGGUCUGACUAUUGUUGUUGCUGGCAUGGCAGGGUCCCUCAUAUGUGGCAUUUGGCUGGACAGGACCAAAACAUACAAACAAACCAGCCUGGCCGUUUACUUCUUCUCUCUGAUUGGGAUGCUGUUCUACACUUUCACCCUCAACCUGGGUUACCUGUGGGUGGUGUUUAUCACUGCUGGAAUUUUAGGCUUCUUCAUGACCGGAUAUCUGCCUCUGGGCUUUGAGUUUGCAGUCGAGCUCACCUAUCCAGAGUCAGAGGGAACCUCAUCUGGACUGCUUAACUGUUCAGCUCAGAUCUUUGGAAUAAUUUUCACCAUCUCCCAAGGGAAGAUUAUUGACAGAUGGGGCACUUUGGCAGGAAACAUCUUCCUGUGCAUCUUCCUGCUAAUAGGAACAGGACUGACGGCUUUAAUCAAGUCGGACCUCCGACGACAGAAGGCCAACCUUCAAAAGGCUGAGGAGCAGACAGUGAGUCCUACAGGCUCCGUGUCAUCGGUGCAGGACUACGGGGCCACAACAGGCAAGGCCCUCUGGCAACGGCAGUCUUGACAUAAAUCCGAAAUCUCAAUAAAACCAAAACAGACACCAAGAAAGCGCCGGCUGAUCUCGAAGGAGCCGUCUCUCCACCUGAGGUCCUGAAAGAGGGGAAGCUCUAAGGAGGACAGACUGUCAAAGACCCCGUAAAAAGAGAAAUACUGUCACGCACACGCAUUAACGUGCACACAUGGCCACAGAGAGAAAAAGCUGCUAUAAAGUGUGAGCGCAAUGAGAGUGAAUCAUACUGCGCAGCAGGCCUGCUGUACAUCUGAUAUACCGUAUGGUUGAUUCACACUAAUAUCCCAAGUGCAACUUAGCUCACCCUCAACAAAGCACAAGUUAUUCAUGCACAAGGAACUUCGAUGGUUUUCACACAAACUAAUCUUUGUAAACACAAAUUUUAUCCAAUGCAGGCAUGUCCUGUUGGUGCAAUGCAAUGGCCACUUUAGUGACUCCAACAUUCCUACUCUUUAACUGAAUUGUUUCCUCAGCUUUUACCACCACCCUCUGUUGUUCUAUGCAUCUAAUGAGCAAUAUUUUAGUUGUGUUUCUAAAUAUUGUGUGUAACUGCUGUUUUCGCCUCACGGCCACCAGCUCAACAAGUCAUAUCAUCUCUGCCUGCCCUUCACACCACAUAUAAGUUUUACUUUCGUAUACUGCUGAUUAUAAAAUAGAAUGGAUGCUGUGCAUCUGAAUACUCUUUGGAAGGUCAGUGUUGUCCUUGUUUUACUGUAAGUGAUCUGGAACAAGUGUGUUCAUGUGUAAUGCAGCGUAGCUUGUAAAAGUGUUACUGACUAGUGUACGGUUUGUCAUUUACUUGAUGUGUUGUGUCAAGUUGUCUCUGGGCUUUCCUAUUUUAUAAUGAAUGUUGUGUAUGUGAUUUCAAGAGGUGCUAAUUAUUCUUUCACUGGUAUGUUUAGGACAUUUUACAGUGCUUUGAAAACUCUACAUCCCCCAGUUUGUUCUUCUAUUUUGGCUGUAUACCUAGUGUUUUCUAUGACACAAAUAAAAUGAAUCGGAGUAC